AUGGCAGCUCCGCAGGCAUGUGUCCUGGAAAGCAUUUCCUUACUCGAUUUCGUGCAACUCGUGCUUGACCAGCAUAACGCGCCAAGCACCAUGAUCGUCUGUGGCAAUAGGGAUGCGUUUCUAGAACAGCUCACCGCAGCAACACAGCCAGCAUCGUCCGACGAAGCUUUACCGGACCAGUCAGACACCCGCGAGUUUUCACGGGAGACGCCGCCUCCUCAUGCGACCCAGCGCUGGCAUGUACCUACGUUGAGGCUGUUGUCGAAGUCCAGGACUGUCAAGCUGGCGUUCUGUCCGGAUAUUACGCACUUGCGGGCUUACCUUGCCACCUACACGCCGUAUGGUUGUUACUCCGACGCAAUUGUGUCACGCGAGGGUAGUGACUCGCAGCGCAUUCUUGCCAUUGUCGAUCUUGUACAGCUGCAUCGACCUACGUCAGCUUUCUCCGCUCAAGGUCUUAAUCGCACCUUGUCCAUAUCCAUAGAAGCUGCGCAUCGGACAAAAUCGGCGCUUCUGCUCGCAGAGUCUACCCCAGAAACACAGGUUGCAACAACACAGGCAGAUCUGGCUUCGACCAGCCCGGACCUUGAGCGGCCAUCAGCAACCAGUAUCUGGGACGAAGAGGUGUCCAUCCUCAAUGUCACGACUAAAAGCUUCGGCGUGGGAGAGCGAGGCUGGGUCGGACGGACCGUCAAGCUGAGGACCAUCGCUGCGAGAUGGUGCACUUUUCGAAAGAUGAACGACUAA